AGCUUUUCAGCUCGGAUUGCGACCUCUAGCGCAGCGGAAGGAAGUCUGGCCCGCCUGUGCCAGACCCUGUCCAAUUCCGCCGCACAUCCGGUGAGCGGCUACAAUGGCUGCUGCCCGCGCAGAACUCUUCCGUGUGAGGCCUCUCUCUCCCUGACCGCCUACUGUAGCAGCGGACGAGGGGGCGGGGGGGGCUGUGCCGCCAUGCGAUUUCGGGCUAAGAUCGUGGAUCUCGCUUGCCUCAACCACUUCAGCCGUAUAAUUAACACAAUCGCCAAGUUAGCCAAGACCUGUAUCCUGCGCCUUACUGUCUGCAAGCUGUAUUUCAUCCUCUCCGAUAAAGUAGCAAAUGGAGGCGCCAGUAUGUGGUGUGAGCUGAACCAGGGGAAUUUCUUCGAUGAAUUUCAGAUGGAAGGAGUAGCUGCAGAGCACAAUGAAAUCUAUUUAGAGCUGGUGCCUGAAAACCUGUCGAGAGCAUUAAAAACUUCCCAGAGUGCUAAGGCAGUGAAGAUCAAGUUGACUAAUAAACACUGCCCUUGUCUCAGAGUUGCUGUGGAGCUACCAUCCUUGUCAAGCAGCAGUAGGAUUGUGACACAUGACAUUCCUGUGGGAGUUAUUCCCAGAAGAAUGUGGAACGACUUCAGAGAGCCCAGUGUGCCGGACUUUGAUGUCAGUAUUUACCUUCCAGUGCUUAAAACAAUGAAGAGUGUUGUGGAAAGAAUGAAGAAUCUCAGCAAUUUUAUUGUAAUUGAAGCAAACUUGAGUGGUGAAAUGAACUUGAAAAUAGAAACUGACUUAGUAUCUGUGACAACACAUUUUAAAGACUUGGGAAAUCCUCCCUGGGCAUCAGAGGAUGGAUGUCAAAGCUCUACUCAAGGCAGAGAUCUGGAAAGUAUGGCUGAAGCAUGCAUAGACAUCAAGAAGCUGCAGCAGCUGCUUGCUGGACAGCAGGUCAAUCCUACAAAAGCACUGUGCAAUAUUGUACGUAAAAGAAUUGUCCACUUCAUCUUGCUCCAUGAGGAGGUUUCACUUCAGUAUUUUAUUCCAGCAAUUGCCUGAGUCUUUUGGAAUCUUGGUCGUUUUCCAACCUGAGGCCUCUUUCAUGAAGUCUAAAAUCUUUAAUGAGCUGCUGGAAUAUUUGACAUGAGACACUGUUAGACAUAGCCAUCAGAUGGACAUUAUUUCAAUAUUUAUGAAAGUAUUCAAAAUACCUCCUCAUCCAGACAGCAAUUUUUGUGAAGAGUUAUAGGCUGUGAAAGACAAUGCUGGGGAGUGUUGGUAUAUCUUAGUCUUAGGAGGAGCAAAACUGAAAUUUGCCUUACCGCCACCUCAAAGCAUCCCAAAAGCACACUCAGUUAAAUACUUAAGUCUCCUCAAAAAACUAAAGAUAGAAUUCACCUCUAGAGUUGCUGCUGUGUGUAUUCAGUAUUGAGCAAUGCAAUCUGAGUUGAAGGAUCUCUGAGCAAGCUAUAAUACUUCUAUGAAACAGAAGAGCCUUCUGGAGGGUUGCCAGAUUGGUAUUUGCCUAGACAAGUAUGCACAGCCCUCCUGAAGUGGUAUGGAACUGAAUUCUGUUCCAGUAGAAAUCUUUUGAUUAGACUUGCUGCAACCUAUCUCCAGUAGCUCUCUUUGUGCUUACUCUUUGUUUAACUCUUGGUCUGAGAGGAUGAGCAAAUCAAUCUAGAUUAGUUUGUUAAUGUGGACAGUGAAAAUCCCUACGUACAGAAUGAAUAUCAUAUGAGGAUAUGCGUGAACACAGCAAUUGGUGUGAAAUAAAGAACAAGUUAUCUGUGGUUCACAUUCUUUCCCUUUCCAGACAGAAAACAUUGUACAACCUGGGACAUCAUGGUGUCAGACAUGGUGAGAUUGCAUCUAGGCUUUCAUGCCAAGCAGCCAAGAGCAUGACUAAAUUUCUCUCAUGGGAGUACUGCCCCUGCUUCUACCUCCUGAUUAUUUUCUGAGGUCUUUUCCUCCUUAUUCCAUGUGUGAUUUGUUAUCCUGGCAUGUUCCAUAUAGCUUCUGUUUUAGUGAUUGAGUCUAUGCUGCCAAAUGAGUCUGAGAGUUUCUUCUAGAAGGUAACUUGUCAUGGUCAGAAGUGCUGGGUUUUUGAUUGUUGUUUUUUCAAGGGGCAUUGAUGUUAAGGGAGCAGUGAGUGAAUCUUUUGUUCAUGGAGGUGCAAAUGCUCAAGAGAAGGCUGAAGGAGAGGCAGUGAGAAGACAGAAUAGACUUGCAGUGAUGAGUGUGUUGACUGUUUAUAGGCCUUUCUGCCUACUCCCUCUUUGUUCCUCCCUGCUCUCCCUUGCCCUACACAUUGCCUCAUCAGUUGUCACCAGAUAUUUUCACCUACUGCCUGGAACAUGCUGAGGUUUGCAUCUUUACCAUUUGCAAAGUCCCAAUUUUGCCUAUGUUGUGAGUUGACCUUAGUAAGCAGCCAGUCACUGGAGGGAUGGGGGAGAGAAUUGGAAGGGUAAAAGUGAAAAAAUUCAUGGGUUGAGAUAAGGACGGCUUAAUAGGCAAAGCAAAAUAUAGAAUUCAUUCGCUACUUCCCAUCAUUCCCAGGAAAGCAGGGCUCCAUUGUGCUUAAGACUUGGUAACAGAGACUGCAUAACUCCAAAUGCCCUUUUCUUCUUUCUUCUUUUCCCUGAGAUGAACAUGAUAUUUUAUGAUACGGAUAUCCCUCUGGUCAGUUGGGGUCAGCUGUCCCAGCUGUGUCCCUAUCAAUUUCUUGUGCAGUCCCAGCAUAUUUGCUAGUGGGGCAGUGUGAGAGUAAUGCCUUGGCGCUGUGUAAGUGCUGCUCAGCAAUAACAAAACCAUUACUGUGUUAUCAACACUGUUUUGGUCAUAAAUCCAGAACAUAGCACCAUAUGAGCUACUAUGGAGAAAACUAAUUCUAUCACAGUCAGAACCAACAUAGCCUGCUGUUUCUUUAUAGCCCAACAAUUAGUGCAAACAGAUUUUUUUUUUUUUUAACUGUCUUUGUUAAUGCUAAUCAUUCAGGGUUAUAUCUGUGUUUGCCUCCUUAGUUUUAUUUUUAUCAUCCAGUAUAGGAUGUGAUCCAUCAGAUAACGAUGGAAUAAAUAUUCCAACACUCAUACAGAUGCCUCCUAAAAUAUUUGCAUCACUUUUUUGUCCCUUGGUGUCCCUUCAUGUUUUUGGUUUCUUCCUCUUAACCCUUUUUUGUCAUGGUAUGGAAACUUAUAACUUUCUCUUGUUUUGCUUGCUUUUUGGUUACAUACUACAUUACUGAUCCUUACAUUUAUGCUGUAUUGGAAAAAACCUUUGCAUAUAGUCUGAUUUUCUUAAUGUCUCAGCAAUUAAAAAAGAAUGACAAUUUGAUUAGAAAAAUAAAACAAGAGAGGAUGAUAAAGAGCUGUGGAGAAAUGUAUUACUCUGCAUUCCUAAGAAAAAGCUGGGAACAAGUAAUGGACUGCAGUUAACCCUUGUGAGAGGGUGCGGUUAUUUUUCAUAAAUCACGAUUCUCAAAUGGGCAAGUUGCCAGUGACUAAAUGUAAGCCUGAAAUUAUGUCAACACUGUAUGCAAUGGAAAAAAUACUGUUUUCAGAGCAAGCAUCAUGAUUGACCCAGUUCAAAUCAUUCAGGCAUAGACUGAGGUAUGUUGCACACAGAUUAUGUGGCUAAAUAGCUUAUGUGAUCUGGAUUUAAAUACCUCUGCUUCAGUUCUUCAUAUGUAAAACAGGAACCUUUCAUGCAUUUUAUGGCUGUUUGCAAUAUGUGGUGGAUAAAUGCAUGAAGGGUUUCCAAUGAGCUUGGCUUGUCUGAUAGAAGCUUAAAUUUAAAAUCCAGCCUUCUUAUUAAUGCAGGGACAUGUUUAUGUCAAGGGAACAGACUACCUUAGUAUGUGUGGGCUAGUACCAUAAGUGUUUGUCUCUUUGUUUGGACUGGUAAGAUGCAUGUGUUCAACUGUUAGUUUUGUAAUAAUUAAUCUUCCACAUUGUGAUGUACUAUUCAUGACAAUCUGAAGCACAAUUUAUUGCAGUUCACUAAAGGAAUACUGGACCUCCCCACUUUUCAUACCAGAUCAUUGGCUAAUUAGUUGGCUUUUCUUAACACUUAACAGAUUUAUAUUUUAUGAACUUUAAUGGUUUACUGUCAUGUCAUAGCUAUCAAAAGAGAUUCAAAUAUGCAGAGUUGAUUGCAAGCAAAACAAUUUAGUGUCAUGUCUUUGGGUGGUUCCAGAACAAAUUUGGGAAAAUACAAAAAAGGAAUGGGCUAAGAGAUUUGCUUGGAAAUUAAGAAUGAAAAAGAAAAACACUCAAAUAAAAAAUUAACCAAAGGACAAAAAACAAACAAACAAACAAAUGAAGCUGUCGUGUUCAUAUCUUGGGGUUUUUGCCUUCACCAAUGCAACCUUACCUGUCAAUCAACCAGAGACCAAAGUUUGCGGAUCAAUAAUAUUGUAGAGUUCCUUAAUUAGAUGACAGUUUAAGGGAAAUAUGCAGUUCAAUCAAAUGCUAUACUUACGCUUUUUUGUUUGCUUUCUUUUAGUAAUGUGCUUGCUAGUCAAAGCAGUCUUCAUGGUUAAAACAGGAGGGGGAGAUGUUGGAAUCCUAGAAACUUAGAAUUUGGCAUUUUGAUGUAUGGUGGUACAUGUGAGUCAAGAUGGAGGAUUUUGGGUGUUGUCUAAGUCCUUCUUCACCACCUUCUUCCUUCUUCUUCAUGGGUUUGGGUGGUUUUCUGUAACUGGGUGAAAAAGGUCCACAUUGCAGGCCUUGGAUGGUCAUUAUUGGGUCAAAAGUAUAAAUAAUAUAGGUGUCAUCUCGUUAUUGGGGGGUUAUCGCUUAAAUAACCUUGGAAAGAGUUAGAAGCGCUCCAUUUUACCUUCAUUUUCUAAGCGCUCACUGGGUGUGAGCCUGUAAAUACUGUAUAUAGAUAAGAUAUAAUAAACAUUCCAAGUCUGAACUCAA